AUUCUACAAGAUGCCAUCUAUUAACUGCAUGUUCAUUUUGUUCGUGAAUGUGAAAUGCUACUUUUCAUUUCGUGGGUUAUAUUAUGUUGUAAAUAAUGAUAAUUUUCCUAUAUAAAUUUAUCAUUAUCUGUGAGAUGAUUAAUUAUUACAUAGUUAGUGGUUAACUUUAUGUAAUCGUAUAAAAAUGUACAAACUUUUAAUAACACGAGUUACGGAACGAAUAUCUCCACAUGGUGUUUUCUUCAUACCAAAGCAAGUAAUAAUGAUGCAGCGAUCAAUGCGUCUAUGCUCCUUCUGUAACUUUUACCACGGAAAUAUAUCAAAAUCUAUCAAAUACCAGCAAGUUCGUAUUUAUGGUACAACAACAGUAGAUAUAUUGAGUCAUUCACCAAUAAAGAAAGGAAAAAAGCAAAGAACAAAAAAAUAUGCCGAAUUAUUAGCAGUAACAAAUAAAACAGCAAGUACUAAGAGGACUGAAAUAGAAAAGUUAACAGCAUCUGAUUUACCCAUGCUUGUUGAUAAUCCUGACAUCACUACAGAUAAUUCAUGUGAAAGUAAAGAUGUUACACUUAAUCAGCUCUUUGAUUCAAAAUAUAUGAAUGAAAAUUAUCAUGAUUUUUGUGAUACUGAAAUUUAUUUAAAUAUUGAAAAUAAUGUAGAUAUAGUUACUGAAAAUGAAAUGAAAGAUAAUUUGAAUAUUGGUAAUGCAAUCAAGAAUAAUAUGCUUCAAAAAGAUUCCACAUUUCAUUCUAUUAAACAGACCAAAUUGAAAGAUCAGAAGUUGGAGAAUGUGUUAAAGUUAAGCACAGGUAAUGCACACAAGAAGAUGGAAAUAUGUAAAACUGAAAACGAGUAUAGAGUAAAAAAUUAUGUUGAAAGUUUAUUAGCACAUAUACAAGUUUAUUUAAGUUGUGGAUUGUUAAACAGAGCAAACAGAACCUUAAUGAAAUGUAGGAAAUAUGUUACAAAUAAUUUGGAAUGUAAUGAAAUUAUUAAGCUUUACAAUAUACUUUUGGAAGCAUAUGCUUCCAGAAGACAAAUAGGAAAAGUUUUAGAGUUAUAUGAUAUGAUAAAAAAUGAUUCUUUAACACCAACAUCCCAAACUUAUGGAUAUAUAUUUGAUGCUUUGGGAAAUGAGACUGUAAAUAAAAAACAAAUUGAAUUACUCAAAAAAUUAAAUGUUGAAAUGAAUAAUUACAAUAUAUCUUUCGAUGAUAUCUUUAGUAAGUCAUACUUUAAAAUUAGUCAGGAAAAAAAUAUAUUAAAGGCAAUUAGGAUAUUAAUACCAGACUUUGAACCAGCAUACGCUACAUUAAAUAGAAACUAUAGAUGUAAACUUCUAAAAGAAAUUCAAAUGGCAAGUAGCUGUGAAAGUCCAGCAAAAGAAAUAUUAACAAUAAACCAACUAAAAAAUUUGUUAGAAACACAGCUUCAAACUGAAUUAAAAAUUGAAACACAGAUACCAAGUAUUAUAGUAUGCAAGGAAGAUAUGAACACUAAUCUGGAAACAAAAGUUAUGGAACUAGAAAAUUAUUGGAAAGAUGCAGCAUUGGCAGCUUUUGAAAGGAAUUUGAUGUGCUUAAAACAGAAGGAGUGUCAAUCUCAUAAUACUCUGAUGAUUUUGUAUCCAUUUUUAGAAGUUUUGGAUAGAGAAUACUACAUAAAUGCCAUAUUACGUGAAAUUAGACGAUUAGCUGCAGGAUCAGAAACUUUUAGUUCAUCUCUUAAAUCAUUAUACAUUGCAUUGGGAAAAUACAUUUAUAAGAAGUAUGAGAUUGAAAUAAAGAAACAAACUGGAGUGUUAGAUAAAAUUAUUAAUAUUUAUUCAAAAUACCUUGAAUGGUACUUACAUCCUGAAAAAAUGCCACAUUUAAAUAAUAUGAAUAAUCGUACUGUAUGGGAAUAUUUUGAGUAUAAGGAAACAAAAUAUGGUACACCUUUAAAUUUUACCUCUGUAAAUUGGCCUAUAAAUGUAAUAAUAAAUAUUGGCAAAUUUUUGUAUCAUAUUAUCUUGAAUGAUAUUAUGCUUAAACCUGACAUUUUAAAAGGACAAGAUUUAAAAUAUUCAAUCCCUGCAUUUUAUACAUUGUUUAGGAACAAAGGAAAUUAUUUAUCAGAACAGAUUAAACCACAUCCUCUGGUAUCAAAGUUAUAUAGAAAGGUACAUUUAAAAACAUUAACAUUUAAAUCACUUCUUCUACCUUCUUAUAGUCCACCAAGUCCAUGGGUUUCAAUACAUUUAGGAGGAUAUCUUAUAACGAAAACUGAUUUUAUAAGAAUCUCAAGUGAUUUUGAUCGCUUAUGGCAUAAAUUUGAAAAUACAGAACCAGAACAGUUAUUUCCUAUAUUUGAUUCAUUGAAUCAGCUUAGUUCUAUUCCAUGGAAAAUUAAUACUGCUAUACUCGAUAUUGUAAUUAAGAUUUUUCAAGAUGGUGGUUCUGUAGAAUUAAAUGUUCCUCAAUCAGUUUCUGUACUAAUUCCACCAGGUCCAAUAAAUAAAAAUGCUACUGUUGAAGAGAAACAAAAAGCAGCAAUAGCAAUAGCUCAAUAUAAUCAAGAGAAGUAUGAUAUGUAUUCGUUGUGGUGUGAUACUCUUUAUAAGUUAUCCAUCGCCAAUCAUUUUAGAGACAAAAUAUUUUGGCUCCCACAUAAUUUGGAUUUUAGAGGAAGAGUUUACCCAGUACCUCCUUAUUUAAAUCAUUUAUCAUCUGAUUUGGGCCGGUCUUUACUUUUAUUUGGAAAGGGAAAACCUUUAGGUCCAAAUGGAUUAGAUUGGUUGAAAUUACAUGUUAUUAAUUUAACUAACUUUAAGAAAGCAGGUUCUGUUAAAGAACGGCUUGAAUAUGCAAAUCAGAAUAUGGAUAAUAUACUUGACAGUGCUACUAAACCUUUAACAGGUAAAAUGUGGUGGAAACAAUCAGAGGCACCAUGGCAAACUUUAGCUGGGUGCAUGGAAAUAGCAAAUGCAUUAAAAACACCAAAUGUAGAAGAAUAUGUGUCUUCGUUUCCAGUACAUCAAGAUGGCAGUUGUAAUGGACUUCAACAUUAUGCAGCACUUGGUAAAGAUAAAAUUGGUGCGGAAAGUGUUAAUUUACAUCCAUUUGAUACCCCAAAAGAUGUAUAUUCUGAAGUUGUGUCAAUUAUUGAAACACAACGACAAAUUGAUGCAAAAAAUAAUGUUAAAAUUGCACAAAUAUUGGAAGGAUAUGUAAAAAGAAAAGUUAUAAAGCAAACUGUGAUGACAACAGUAUAUGGUGUAACAAAAUAUGGUGCAAAACAUCAAAUAGCAAAACAGUUAAAAGAUAUGCGAAACUUUCCAAAGGAACAUGUUUGGUCUGCUAGUAUAUAUUUAACUGAAAGCACAUUUCACAGUUUAAGAAAAAUGUUUAAAAGUGCAAGAGAAAUUCAAGAUUGGUUCACAGAAUGUGCUCAAAUUAUUUCUUCUAUUUGUUGUGAAAAUGUGGAGUGGGUUACCCCAUUAGGUCUUCCUAUUAUACAACCUUAUAUGAAACAAAAAUCUUUAAAUAACAAUAUUAAUGAUAAUAGGAAACCUGAUAGGAUAAAACAACGAAAUGCAUUUGCACCAAACUUUAUACACUCUCUAGAUUCCACUCACAUGAUGCUUACUGGGCUACAUUGUAAUAAAAAUAAUAUUACUUUUGUCUCAGUACAUGAUUGUUUUUGGACUCAUUCUUGUACCAUAGAUGCUAUGAACAAAAUAUGCAGAGAACAAUUUGUUGCUCUUCAUUCUGAACCCAUCCUUGAAGAUUUAGCUAUAUUUUUUGUGAAACGAUAUUUACCAAUUUAUAAACAAUUAAAGUGUAAAAAUAAGCCUGACAUUGAAACAAUACGCAGAUGUUUAACUAAUGUACCAUCAACAGGUACUUUUGAUAUUAAUAAUGUUUUGUCGUCUAUAUACUUCUUUAAUUAAAUUUUUACGAGUCUUAGAACAUUUUAUGUAAAUUAAUGAUAAAAAUAAAUUACUCAAAUAUAAUGUAGUUUUUAUAUCCCUUA